AUGUCAACGACUGAUUGUCCGCCCGUUUUAGCCACCACCCUCUGCCACUGUCAACCUUCUUCCAAAAUUCAUAAUCCAAUCACGAAAGUGCCUACAUUGCUGCAGUAUCUGUUUACCAUACCUAAUCCGUUCCAGACGCAGCUAACCCGGUGGCCUUUAGCGCGCAUUGAUUGCACCACAUACCAAGAAAAUGUCACCUGGCCAGCCAAAUAUAUUUUCAGAGUUCGCAAUGCUCUUCAAACUAAUCUUAGUAUUCAUGAUUUCAUGCUGGUGAUGACUGUCCAAAAUGGGGAAAAUAUCAAACCGCAAGAAGAAAGAAAUCUAUUAUUUGUGAAAUAUCUAAUUAUGAAUGUUUGUUGUAAAUGCCAAACCCAAUGAAUUGAUUCCAAUGUCUGCCUAUCUGUUAUGUUAGUGCGUCGUGCGAUUUCUAAACAAUUGAUGAGGCUGCAGAUAUGAGGUGGAGUCAAUAAAUUAAUAUUUACACACACUUAUCAGAUAUUAUUUAUGUACCUGAUGGAGGGUUUUUUAAUUAAACAUAA